AUGGGAAGAGUGUGGGUUUUAUGGAAUCCUCUUGUUUUGUCUUUAAUUGUCAUGUCUGAGAACAGUCAAGUGCUUAAUUGUGCUGUGUGGUUGAAUGACCUCAAGGUUAGAUGUCUUGUAUCAUUGGUUUAUGCUGCCAAUACUCACACAGAGAGGUUGCCUCUGUGGAGGAACCUCAAACAGCAUCAUGAACUUGGAGUCCCUUGGAUCCUAAUGGGUGACUUUAAUGUUACCCUUGGAAUUAAUGAAGCUUUUGGUGGUGCACCAAGGUGGUCUCAGGGAAUGGAGGAUUUUAAAAAUUGUGUUUUCAGAAAUGAGCUUGAAGACCUAAGAUACACUGGAAUUUUCUUUACAUGGACAAAUAGCAGCUUUGGAGCAGCUAACAUCUCAAAGAAACUUGAUAGAGUGCUAAUCAACUAUGAUUGGAUGUGCAAGUUCCCACAAUCCUCAGCUGAUUUCCUCCCCCAUGGCAUAUCUGACCACUCUCCAAUGGUCCAGGGCACAAAAAUGUUUUGUGUGGUUCAGAAAUUGAGAGCUCUCAAGCACCCAUUGAAAAUGCUGAAUAGAAAUGACUAUGGUGAUAUCUCAUUGAAGGUUGCAGCAUAUGACUUGCUGAGAAUUAAUGAGAGGGAGAUUGCAAAGAGGUAUGCUAACCUUUGCUUGGCUGAAGAGAUGUUUUUCAAACAAAAAGCUCAGGUUCAUUGGUUAAGAGUGGGGGAUCAGAACACAGCUUACUUUAUGAAGUGCUUCUCUUCAAAGGUUAACAAAAGAAAGAUUAACUCAAUUGAGGACCACAAUGGAGAGGUGCUACAGGGGAUUGAUCUUCAGAAUACAUUCCUUAAUCACUUCCAAAACUUGCUGGGACAGAGCUACAAUCACUAUCCAGGUAUGUCAUCCUUUUCCAAUCUUAUUUCCAAAUCCGUUCCUGCCAACCUCAUCCCUCCACUCACUGACAUACUCACAGAUUUGGAAAUCCAGCAAAGCAUUCUAUCCAUUAAUCCUUAUAAAAGCCCUGGUCUUGAUGGCUUUAACUCAUGUUUUUUCUCUCAUACUUGGCCUAUCAUUGGCUAA